UGUGGGUGAGAAAUAAAGACCGACACACAACUUACACUAUUUGAGUGCCAUCGAUAGUAAAAUUUUCCAUAAGAGUGCAACACAUGAUGGCUAUUUAUUAAAUUCGACUUUCCCGCCAAAUUUCCCAACCCUCCCUUCUUUUAACCCAAACACUCUCGUUCCUCCUCAAACCAGGGACCAAGCAAACCCUAAUUCCCAAUUUUUCUGCAAUUCGAAAAGAAUAAAUACAAUUUUGGUGUUUGUUAAAGGAAAAUGGAUGUAGACGAGAUUGAUGAAGAGGAGUUUGGGUUCUCGAGGAACUAUUUCCUUGCUAAAGAAUUGGGCUCUUCAAGGAAAAAAUCUGCUCGGAAGCUCUCUGAAAUCGAUCUCGUCGACGAGGAGGAAUUAAGACAGGUGGCAGCUAAUAUUGAGCCCAAACAUGAGAAAGAAGUUAAGCAUUUGAUCAGUAGCUAUGAAAGUUCGUAUUCAAAUUGGCUUUUCGCGCUAAGAUGCGGCUUUGCACUUUUGAUGUAUGGUUUCGGAUCAAAGAAAGCUUUGAUGGAGGAUUUUGCCACAAAAUCUUUAACCGAGUACUCUGUUGUUGUUGUCAAUGGGUAUCUUCAGUCUAUAAAUCUUAAACAGGUGGUGAUAACACUGGCUGAGCUCCUCUGGGAUCAAUUAAAAUUGGGACGAAAGACUCCCUCCGGAAGUCUUUGUAAAAGCCAGCAGCCAUUUAACACCAGAUCCAUGUCUUACCUUCUGACCUUUCUAGACAAACCAGACCUAGAAGUUGAGGAUUGUUUUGUUUGCAUUCUUGUUCAUAACAUUGAUGGUCCUGGAUUACGUGAUUCUGACAGCCAACAAUGUCUUGCAAGGAUUGCUUCUUGUUCUCAUGUUCGUAUGGUUGCUUCCAUUGACCAUGUCAAUGCUCCUCUUUUGUGGGACAAGAAGAUGGUUCAUACACAGUUUGACUGGUACUGGUGCCAUGUUCCUACUUUUGCUCCAUACAAGGUUGAAACAAAGUUUUUUCCUUUCAUCCUCGCCCAUGGGGGUAGUGCGCAAAGUGUGAAGACAGCUUCAAUUGUCUUGCAGAGUUUGACACCGAAUGCUCAAAAUGUUUUCAAAGUUCUUGCGGAGCAUCAAUUAGCCCAUCCUGAUGAAGAAGGUAUGCCAACCAAUAAUUUGUACAGUACUUGCCGAGAACGGUUCUUGGUGAGUAGUCAAGUUACUUUGAAUUCACACUUGACAGAAUUUAAGGACCACGAGUUGAUCAAAACCAAACGAAAUUCUGAUGGUCAAGAUUGCUUGUGUAUUCCUCUUACAAAUGAAGCCCUUCAGAAACUUAUAGCAGAGAUCAUUUAAUAGAGAGCUUCUAAUAUGAUAUGAGAAGGCAAAUUACUCAUCAGCAAGUUUGAGGCAGAUGCAUGCCUUAUGUUUGGCAAAUAUUGGGCUGGUCCUCAGCUUGCUUUUACUCAAAAAGUUAGGACAUAUGUUGAAUAUGGAAAAUCUAUCAAGCAUCUCAUAGAGGGAGCAAUAUACACUACUCCACAAUCUCUGGGUUUCAUAUGCAUCUUCGGUUUGUGGGGUUGUUAGAUCCUCAUGUAAUGUCGCUAUUUCUGUUGAUCAUCUUCUUGUUUGGAGAUUCUGCUUUGUAAAAAGACUAGCUUGCUUGGAAUGUAUUCUGUUUCUCAACAUAUUUUAAGCACCA